UUCAUAAUCUCAAUUUCGUUGUCGUUUCGCUCUCGUACCUUCACUGCGAUCCCGUUCCGUGUUACUCCCACUGCUUGCACGAGCAACGAGACCACCGCCUCUUUCAAGACGCACAUCCAGAUCUCCCGAUGGCACACAAAGUCGACCCUCAGAACCUCAGAGAGACAUUCGGGCGCUUUCGAGUUCUGAUCCUGGGCCGAGCCAAUGCAGGCAAAACAACCAUCCUGCAGAAGGUCUGCAAUACCACAGAAAAUCCAGAGAUUUACAAUGCCAAAGGACGCAAGAUCGAUGCCACCAUCGUGGAAGGCACGCGAUUGCGUGGAAAUCACAAUAUUAGGAACGAGAUGGUGUUCAAGAGUAAUCCCGGGUUUGUCUUUCACGACUCGUGCGGUUUCGAAGCGGGCUCUGCAGAAGAAUUCGAGGAUAUGAAGAGAUUUAUCUCAGAACGCGCGAACGCGACGGAAUUAGAGGAACGAAUACAUGCUAUCUGGUACUGUAUUCCAAUGGACGACCAUUGUCGAACAAUCCAACGGGCAGAAGAGAAGUUCUUCUCUGAAUGCAACACUGGUAAUGUUCCCGUAAUUGUGAUAUUCACGAAGUUCGAGGCCUUGCGUCCAGUGGCGUUCGGAGAAAUCAAGAAGGACCUAGGCGGGCUAUCAAAAGAAGAGCGAUCGAAGAGGAUUGCCGAACGUGUUCAAGAAUUGUUCAAGAAUACCCGUGUCUGGGAUCGAUUGUGCGAAUUGUGCGAUACCGAAAACCAUGCCCGUCCCAAGUCCUACAUAUGCUUGGAGAAUAUGAACCGGGCGGAUACAAAUUGUAACACGCUACUGGAAUGCACAGCAUUUGCAUUGGACAGCGAAGAAUUGAAGUUGUGCUUCGUGUCGACGCAACAGUCCAACAUGGAACUUUGUAUCAAGUAUGCUGUUGAAACAGUCAUUGAUCAUGCACACCGACAAUCCUUCCUACGUCCAACUGAUCAUGAAGACUACCAAUUUGACAUUGCUAAGUGGUUUUCAUAUAUGAAAGUAAGAUGAUUGAUUCAAUAUGACAAUGCUUGGCGAGGGC